AUGGGACGUAAAAAGAUCAAGAUCCAACCCAUCAAGGAGGAUCGCAACCGAUCCGUCACCUAUCUCAAGCGCAAGGCCGGCCUCUUCAAAAAGGCGCACGAGCUUGCCGUCUUGACCGACUCACAGGUUGCUGUCAUCGUCUUUGGUCACAAUGGCAAGCUUGCCGAAUUCUGCUCUACCGACAUUGACCUCCUGCUUUUGCGAUAUACUGAGUACGACGGAAUUGCCGAGAGGAAAGGACCGCGUAACUACCUCCACUUGGACAAAGAUUCGGACGACAACGACGACGACGACAACGACAACGAUGAAAAUGACAAUGACAGCGCCGACGGCCCAAAUGAACACUUUGCAGAUCCAAAUCGCGCAAACGGUCGAGAGACAGCUGGUGGAAGCGGUAGGAACGCCAAGGGCUUGAGUGGUACCAAGCGUAAAUCCGAGCAUAGAUCACCCUCAGGACGCAGCAAUGGUUUCAAUCCUUCAAGCGUAGCCGCAGCUGCAGCCUCUUCGAGUCUAGGCGCUGGUUUCGAUAUCGCCACUGGACCGAGCGCCAAGCAGACCCUCAAUGCCGCCAUUCGUCAGAAGAGUCAGAACCAUUCCUCCACCCAUUCGACCUCGGUGGCUGCAGACUUUGUUCCAACCCAAGGCGUCUACCAUUCGGUACCAUUUGGCCAUGCUACCAUGCCCGAUCCCGGCAUGCAGCACGAGCACAGCGUAAUGGGUGCAUCGAUGACCUCCAUGGCACCAAAGAUGUCUUCUCCAGCAAUGCCAGAGGCAAAUAACAGAGUGACCGGACAAGCCACCAGUAGCAGCAGCGCGUCAGCAAACCCGACCAGAGCUCAGGCGAUCGCCAACAUGUCGAUAUGCAUGCCCACCGACGACCGCAUUCCCAGCUUUAUCUCGCCUACCAUACCUGGGUUCGGCUUGACUCCCGGAGGAACUGUGGUGACGCCAGGCGGAAGGCGAUUUAGCUUCUCGGACGUCUUGUCGCGGAGUUGCACCAAUAUGACAGUGCAGCGACCAGUAACGGCGAGCUCCUCGCUCGUUCCGCAUCUCUUUCAUACCGAUACACUUUCCCUCACCGCAACUCCGCCGCAGGACGCAUCGCUGUCGGCAGUGUUGCGCUCCAGCUCACCUCUGAUAGCAAGACCGGCAACAACAGCAUUUCAUCGAUCGAUGACACCAACGUACAGUCAGGCAACGUACGCACCGACUUCGGAGGCUUCACUGGUACAUAACAACGCUUCGUCUUUCGGAGCUGACAUCAUUCGGCCCUUCACUGCCGCUGCCAACCUUGAGCUCGCCAGCUCAUCUAACCAUCUUGCCCUGCCGGUCGCAGAUUUCGCUCAGAGUGCCCAUGCGAGCUCAGCGUCUCCUGUCGCCCAUUCGUCUUCGGUGGGUGUCAGUACAACAGGAGGCUCGACCAGUGCCUUGAUCGCUAGCCCAUUUGUGGGUUCCAGCCUCAAAGCAUCAGCGACGCCCGAGCUCGUGUCACACAGCACCCAUCCAUUAGCGCGAGACAGCCUUGCUGCGUCGGUCUCGAGAUCAUCCAUGUCGACAGACAAAGAGACACCCCCUACACAUGGCGAUAGCGCGGGUGCCAACGAUGCGAGACUGGAUUCAAGCGCGAUAUGGUUCAAUCUGGGACAAAGCACAGAUGCAAAGUCGGACAAGACCAUGCCAGAGCAAGGUAGUCUCGUGCAGCCAGCGCCCAUCAAUGCGUCGCAGACAUUGGCUUCUAUCCCAUUCGACCUCAAGUUUCCGGCACAGCCGAUGCAGUAA